GUGAGACAGGGACCCGUGUGUAAUCAGGGGAUUCACCAUCAUGGGGUGGCAGGGAGCACAUCUUCAUGUCAUCUUCUGUAGGCUCCCAGGUGAGCAGGUGCCGGAGAAGGGAACUGCGAGGCGAGUCCUCUCUCCCGGUGCUGGGCGUGCAGAGGAGCCACGAUGUUCAGGUGAGCUGUGCCACCCUUCCUCCCGCGCUGCUGCCCACCCCGACGCACCAGCAAAGCUGUGCUGAAGGUGUGAUUACAUUUAUAGCAGGGGGUGUUUGUGGUGCAGAGGAGAAGCCAGUGACAUCUCUCCUCUUCAGAGGUUGUUCUCCAACUGAUUUAAUUUCCACUUUGCCAAAGUGGUGAGUUCUUGUGAAGGUCUGGAUUGACAUGGCUGAAGGUAGUCUGACCCACUUCUGCUGAACUGGAACUGAUUCAGUAAAAACAGGUCAGGCCACGACGAGCUGCCCCAAGCCCCGCAUGAGUGCCAGCUCCAAGCCACGUUAGUGUUUCAGCUGAAUCCGUUUGAACACCGAGUCUGCAGAGCAGACUGACACAUGAGCAAGGCUGGGCUGGGGGCUGGGAUGAAGGAAAGUAGAAGAGAAAAUUAAUGUUUAGAAAAAUCAUAAUUCUGGGGAGAUGGUUGAAACUGAUAUUUAAGCAAGAAAUUAAAAAAUUAAACUGGAAAAGAUGCUUUCUACUCACUGGCCUUGGCCUGUAGCUCAGGGAUAGUCCUUGGAAAGACCUAUGAGUGCAAUAAAGGAGACAUGGAACCAGCUUGGGUUGUGCUUUAAACCACCUCAUAGAGACAUGGGAGGGGUUCAAGCUGUGGCUAAGCGUAUUCAAAGAAGGGUUUUGCUGGCCCAAAAUAAUGGUCAGUGAAGUUGGGUGGGUGGGAUAAAAAUAUGCCUUGAAGACUGGCAGAAUAAUAGAUACAUUGUUUUUUUCAUAUUGUCGUGAACAUCUUAGAAAGCAAAAAUUAUUUAAAAGCAAGUGUUGGCAAAAAAAGAACCUACUUCUCUUCACUCUAAUACUGACAAAGUAUGUCUUUCCCCUUCUCCACAGCUCCUCCAGCAAUCAGUGGAACUAUUAAUUACCCUGAGGGCACUCACUGGUCCGCUGCGAGCAUCUUCUCAACGCAGAGCUGAGGCUCACAUGGAAAUGCUGUCUGUCCGUUGAUGUUCCUACCUGUGCCUGGGGAGAACAGAGAUCAAGCACAUCCACGGCAAGUGGGGCUGGUUGGGAUCGCCUCCGGGAAGCGACGUGCUCACCGACAAACAGAUUUCAAGUCAACCUCGAGUGGUUACAAGCUUGGCAGGGGAGCAAGGCGGUGGCUGGUGGGUUCUGCUGUGGCUUCCCGGGAACAGCACAGGCGAACAGUCGCCAGCAAACCCCAGGUGUGCACAGGUGAGCCGACUGGAUUGCUGUAAACUGUCUCAUCUCUUGUACAAGUGUGAAAAUAACAGCCAUGUCAGAUAAACUUUUAUCUUUCUUUUUUUUUUAAUAAAAAGCAGAACUUAUAAGGUAAUUGAUUGCUUUCUUCUAGUCUUUUAUUAGUUGUGAUUAAGGAGAUAUAGUCGCCCUGUUUACACAGCUCUAACAAGUCAGGACCUGCAGUACGUUAUUGGCUUGCAGCCCACAACUUGCAGCCCAUUUUUUAACAGAAUCAAUCUGAAGUUGAAAACAUCCCCUGUAGGAAGCGAACACAUCCCCGCUCAUACAGGAACAGAAAACUGUAAUAACUUCAGGUCCUGUAAGUUGCAAGUUCAGCUCGCAGAGCUCAGCCCUGACUUGUCAUUGCUCUCAGCGUGCUGGUGAUGAGAUCAGAGGACUCAGGCUUUCAGCUUGACAAGGGACACAGGUGAGCGUGUUACACUUCACUGUGACUCGCAGCUCAGACUCUGCAGAAAUAAAUCGCGAGCUCUUUGCUGUUUAACAUGCAGCCAAAGCACUGCCAAUAUAAAAUGGCUGAUCAGUAAUACUUUGAUUGCAGUUUCAUAGAAACAAAUUGCUAUUUAAUUGCAAUAAGCUCUUCUGUGGCUUAGCUGGACUGACAAUAGGCAUACACACCUGGUACUAAAAGUAACAAGCACCAACAGUGGUUGUCUGGUAGGGCACGUACAGGAGGCUCAGGCAGGGAAAUCAGACCUGGAACACGUACUUUCACACUGAAGAAAUAUAAUACUUAAAAAAAUAUAUACAUAAAUGUUCUGAUCUCAGUUUUGUUAUUUUAAUACAGCUGUUCAGAAUGUAGAUCCUUGCAAAAAGCCUCACGCUUGACAUAUAACUACCAGCCAAAAAAUUUGAUAAAAAAUUUAAAUUGAAAUGAUCUUUUGAAAUGCCUGACGGUACUUGAUAGCAAGUCAUAUGUACCAUGCCAGUGAUUUUUUUAUUACUUAUUUUUUUAGUAUUUUCCCUAAAAUUAGAUGAUGCAAAUUGUAUCAGUGCUAACUAACAGGGAAAAAGAGAGACAAACUCAGUGUGGUUAAUAUUCUAAAGAUGCGACUUAAUUUCAUAGGCUUCAUUUGGGUUAGACGUUCUCAUUUUAUAUUUCAUAAGAUACUGCAUAACCUGUUAAAAUAUUUAAAGAUAAAUCAUGUAGGACUGAAAAGACGGUAUCUUGUUGCAAACAGAAUUUGGUUUGGAAAGGCUUAAUGUCCCACUGCCAGCCAGGAUGCGUAAAUCUCAUCACUAGACAGCUGGAUAGGUAAAAACAUUAAACCCAUUUAGAGGGCAAUCUUUUUACGAAAUUGUUUCAUUAAUAAGAGUGACAAUUUAUAUGAUUGAGACGUUUAGAUGCAGCAUAGACAGAGCAUUUUAUCCAGGUUCACGAGGAUGAUUUCAGAUUAGUAAUAUUUCCUUUGAUUUUUUUUAACAGCGUUCAUUUUUGAAAGUGAGGGGAGCUCUUCCUGAAUGAUUAUUUGUGUGACUUUUCAGCAGCGCUAAUGCAGAGGGUGGAUUUCAGCCUCCGUGUAGCAGAUGCGCGUGAUAAAAGGUGAACAUGCUUUUCCUCACCCAUCUCUUCAAAAAGUGCAUUUUUUUUCCACAUAAGGACAAACCGAGGCGUUGCCAGUAGCCGCCUGCCCACACCUACCGUCCCCAUUAGAGCCUGGUUUAUUGUCUGAAAUGCCUCUGGUUUCAAGAAAGUGUUUUACCUAAAGCAAAAAUACUACUUAAAAUAUGUUCUAUUGUAUAUUCAUAGCUCCAUUAGUCCUCCUCCAAUUUAGCACAUCAAAGCAAAGACUUCAUCACUUGCAUGUGGAUUAUGCUAACAUGAGUGACAUUUGUAAUCUUAUAGGUCUGCAACUUAAGAAAUGCUUUUAAAGUAAGCUAUUAAAUAGGUAGCUGUGCUUUACAAAUGAAUCAUAUAAUAGUUUAUUUAAAGCCGUUAAUGAACUUCAACCUCUACAUCACUAAAUGCUAUACUACAUUACUUACUAGAAGUUAUUAGCUAUCUUCUUAGCAUGUCUAGGUUAUAUUAGACAACUGAAAAUCUGUACAUGUUAGAUUUAAACACUGUACCUUGAGUGCUUAUACUGAAAGAAUAUAAAAAGAUGUCUGCAGUCUCACUAAUACUUGAAUUCCAUAUUCAUAUGACUUCAAGUGUCUUUUCAAAGAUAUUGAAGCAGCACGAUUUGCAGGACGCUACCUAAAGACCUUAAUGCCAGAUCAAAAAGCUUAGAAAAUUACUUUUAAAAUUUGUAAGUGCAUUUAAUUAAAAAGUCAUACGUGGCUUCAUUUUAUUGCUUUAUAUGUUAUACAAAUAUUCUUUUGUCUAAACUGUCUUAUACUGUACAACAGUUUAUUUUCUCUGUAACAGCCCUGUUUUUUCCUCAAGCACCGAGAUAUUAAAAGAAGAAGUUCAGCAGACCUCCAGCAUACUAGAGGUCAACAAGUAGAAUCUGGAAAAUAAUAAUAAUUUUUAAAAAUUCUGUUGUUUAGACAGACAAAUGGAUAAAUCAGCUUUUUGUGUAUUGACAUCACAACAACUGUAACUCAAGCUCACUCCUUAACCAAGCAUGUCGAACAGUGAACCCCUUCUCAAAAAUUGAAUUCAAAAAGAAAACAUACUCGUGAUGUAUUUCAAAUGUAUUAGUCACCUAUAAAAGUAGUUAUUGAUUCGUUAUUAAUUGCUGCAGAGGCACAUUCCAGGUGCUUGCAGGUUCCUGACUGAAGGCAGCCAAAGCACGGCCGCAGACUGAUGUUCGGAUUCUUGCUACAAGCAUGAGAAGUCAGACUUUUUUCUCGGAAUUAUCGUGCUCAGCUCUACCGCCAAGCAGCUGAUGGGAAAAACCCACGAAAUGAAGCUGCUCCCGUUCCAAGCUGAGAGGAGGCUUUGUUGCUUGGAGGGGCGGGCAGUGGUUUGUGUUUGUUUGCUGUAACAGAUCAUAUUCGAGAUCAGUUGGUUCUCGGAAAUAGCCCGGGAAACGUGUUUUUCUUCCCUUAAGAUUUCCACUCUUGCGAAGUUCGUCUCUUAGCACAGCGAACACAACUUUAUGUUGCUCCAGUCGGAACAGCUACUGUGUUCCUUUUUAUGAAAACUCAAUUCUAGCGCCCAGUGUGAGGUACAGACCUUUUGUUGGGUUUUAUUUUAUUUGAUGCCUUAUGGUAUAUACGUACGCUCCCAUGCUUCCACACUUGCGCACCCUUAGCUGGACAGAGACCUCAGUACAUGUAUGAGUACCAUAAGUCACUGCAGUAUGAAUUAUACUUGCUGUUAGCAGAAUUAAGAAUGUCACUGAAACAUAAAGGUCGUUUUGAAGUAGCGCUCUGCUUCUUUGCCAACAGUAACACAGGUAAGGCGUUCAACAAAUUCUUUACUGGCGUGAGACAAAAAAAAAUGUCCAAACCAAAAAGCUACUUGUAAAGGUAAUUGACAAUAAGGGUAAUGUCUGUGUGAGAUAUGGGUUCACAAUGAUGUUUUGAAGGUAGACUUAAAAACAAAUUGAAAAGAGCAAAGCUUCUAAAACCCAUACUCAAUUCAAUAGUGUUUGUUUUACUUUUUUAUUAUUUAAAUACACCAUACUAGAGCAAAUGUCUCUGAAAAUAUCACAAAUAAAAGAUUUUUCUUCAUUCAGCAAAUUAGAAGUAGGUGAAAAUUUCUACCCAGCAGCUGCUAUGAGCCUUUUUUUUCUCCUUUUUUCUUUUUGUUUUUUUUUUUUUUGCCAUGGGAAGUAGCAACAUUAGGACAGAAACACGUACAUGCAUACA